AUGACCUCGAAUCUCCUCCAAUCCCCAGUAUGCAAAUUUAUCUUAAAGGUGGGGAGGGCCGUGCCCGUGGUGGUGAUCAUGGUCAUCGUAUCUCUCUCUUAUUACGUAUAUACCUUCCAAACAGUUCCAUGUAAGUCUUCUAACAGCUACUUUAAAGCAUUUUCUCGAUGUUUUACGUAUUAGCUGUACAUUUUCAGCAUUAUCGAAUUUAUGGUAUACACGGGUUAUUAUAUACAUCGGCUUUCACGUCUUGUUGUUCUUGUUUCUGUUUUCCUACUUUGCCACGGUAUUUUCGCCGCUCCCGAAAAUUCCAUCAAAAGUAAGUUGAGUUUUAUCGGUUAUUCCUUUCUCUUUAGUUUUAUCUUCCUCGUGAAACUUUAUCAGAUCUCUGGGCCGAGAAGUCAGAAGCAGGACGCAAUGAUUUGUUGUUUCGAUUUGUGUCCCAAAAUAACAUAAAUACCUUGAAUGUUUCUGCGAGUGAAGGUAAGUGUAAUAUAUUCAUCUAUCUGAUCUGUAGGUCCUCGAUUCUGUGCCCAAUGCAAGUGUAUCAAACCUGAUCGAAGUCACCAUUGUUCUAUUUGUGCAAGAUGUGUGCUGAGAUACGACCAUCACUGUCCUUGGGUCAACAAUUGUGUUCACAACAACAACUACAAGUUCUUUUUGCUAUUCCUCGGAUAUGGUGUUACAUUAUGUCUGUUCGUAUUAGCAACCUCACUAUCGACGUUCAUUAUGUUCUGGAAAGGAAAACCCGUGCCCCAGGAUAUGUUGAGCAAUUUUGGGGCUUUGUUUUUGCCAUUCCUGGCGUUUCUCUUUGGUCUUUCGAUGGCUUGUUUAUUGUUUUACCACAUCUACUUGGUUUGUAGGAACAAAACUACCGUCGGUGAGUUCUUUCCUUUUUUUAGAAGAAUGCUGAAGAGUUUUGGCUUAUUGAAUCUUUGCAGAGCAAUGGAAUCCUCCUCAUUUCGAAUACGGCCCUGAUCCAGGAGCUUAUAACAUUGGGGCAGCUCGUAAUUUCCAACAGAUAUUCGGAGAGAAAUGCUACCUCUGGUUCCUUCCCGUCCAUUCCACGUAUGUUCCUGACUGUUGUGAUAAUUGCUUUCGUUUUGUUUAGUUCAUAUGAUGGGCUGUUCUUUCCUCACCGUGCUCUGCGUUCCCGUAGUUCAACCACUUCCACCCCGCAAUCUUAUCGGCCCUUGCCUUCCGAUACUCUAGGUACGCCUUUGAUUUGACGCUUUUAUUAGUCUGGCCAACCUGGGUCACUCCGUGUUCACACCGGAGUAUAGGUCACCCAUGAUCAAGCACGCGACCUAGGUCGUGGAGAAGGUCUGGGUGGAUGUACAAAAUAUUAUCAAAAUGGCCAAACGAGAUGACUAGGGUGCGAGGGUCACUUUGGUAAUGCUUGAUCGUGAUCUAACUCGUGGGCAAGUUCAGGUAUGCCCCUCCAAAGGCGCUAAAGUUCGGCAACAUGAUGAAUCCGUAAUGAAACCGGAGUUUUUGGGGAAAAACAAAGUGUUUUGACUAUCCUAGUCGAGAAUUGAGACCAUUUCGGGUAAUUUAAGGCAACUAUCUUGACCUUAAUCACGACCUAGGCCUUUUUGGCGGACUUUUUUUUGCACAGCUGGUUUUUUUCUUAGCGGACCUUUUCGUCCUUCGCGAUAGUAAAACAAUUUUGCAAUAUUGGCUAUAAAUAUUUAGCCGAUUUUGAAUUGGGGCCGUUCGGCCACAAAUCAAAACUGACCCAAAUGAAAUUGUGCUUUUUCAUAUAAUUCAUACUUGAUUUUAGGACCUCCGAUGGUAUAA